GGCCUGCCGACCCUCUCCGCGGCCUGGGCGGUGGUACGGCCCACACCCCCUACCCGCGGCCUGGGCAGUGGUACGGCCUGCCACCCCCCGCGGCCGCGGCAGUGGUACGGCCCGGGCGAGUCACGCGCCUGGGGCCGGGCGCCGUGCACCCGCGGGGGGAGGAGGUGACGGCGCGGCCCCGGACCCCGAGGGCAGCCCCAGGGGCUUCGGGACUCCGCCGGCGCCUGGCGUCGCCCUGGUCUGUCCGAAACCCUCAGGUCCCAGGGCUGAAGAAAGACUGCUGUUGGGAAGCGGCCUGUCUCGCUUUGGCCUAGGCGCCAUGCGCGUCCCGUGACUGCCAAGCACGGAGCUUCUGUGAGUCCAGUCCUUCCUUGGUGUCCUCCGAGCCGGUGCCCCUCAGUCUGGUGUCUGCAGACCCCGCAGUGACCCUUCCACCCUCUGUGGCAACAGCAGUCCUUUCUGCUCGGCUCCUGAGUUCCUGUCUUUCUCCAGCGGCAGCGAGCGGGUGUCGCCUGUGUGGGAGACCUGUUGUGGAGGAGAGGACCCCUCCCCUGUCGGGGAAGGGGGACGGGCGAGCCGGGCCCCGGGGCCGAUGAGGGGCCCCUCCGAGCAGGGCCCUGCGGGGGGGGGAGGCUGAGGGGUGACCGGCUGGGGUCCGUGGGGAGGGUCCUGGCCCUUUACCCUCGGCGCUGCCCUCUAGUCCUGCAGCCCAGCCCAGACUCUCCCUGACCUCGGGGCCCUCCCGCUAAACCUAAACGUCCUCCUGUCAACUGUCUGUCCCCGCACCCCCCCCCCCCCCCCCCCCGGCGCCGUCCAGGCCGGGGCCUGACUCACUGCCCACGGGCCGCCUCCUCAGAGGCCUGUCUCGUGGUGGGUCCUGCGGCUCCUGCUGUUUGGCAGGCACGGGCCGGUUGGCCCAGCGGGCGGCUGCGAAGCAGGUGGGCAGGCUGGAGAGCGGCCCUGAGCUCCCGGCAGCAGGAGGGCGACGCCGGCCCCGCCGUGCGCGCUCAGGCCGCUUGGUGCCUUGGCUCGGUCGGCCCUCUGCGGGGGCCUGGCUUGCUGGGCGACGCGCGCAGGGAACCUGCCCUUUGACUCCGUGGUGGGGGGUGGUGUCCCCAAGAGAAGAGGGCCGGCGCCCAGGACUCUCUCAGACGCCAGGCGCCUGAACGGUUACCAAUGGAGCAGGGCUGUCUGGGGCACUUCCUGUGGUGACAGAAAUGGUCCCCAGUCCACCCUGUUCCCUUAAAACGGUGGCCGUGAGCCCCGCGAGCCUGUGAGACGAGGACAGGGCUGCUCGGGAGGGCGAGGCUCCCGCUCCCGUCUCAGACGCGUGGGCCCAGAGAGUCCUCGUCCCUCCUCGAGCCUGGCUUCCAGGCCCUGCUGUGUCACGCGUGGCAGGCAUCCUGCACCCGCGGGCCUGCCCUCCUGACGCGCUCACCGCCCGUGUGCCCCCAGGAGGCCUCGCGCCCGCCCCCGGACGCCAUGAACGCCAUCGUCGCGCUCUGCCACUUCUGCGAGCUCCACGGCCCCCGCACUCUCUUCUGCACGGAGGUGCUGCACGCGCCGCUUCCGCAGGGGGCCGGGAGCGGGGACGGCGCCGGCCAGGGUGACCAGGCCGAGGAGGAGGAGGGCGGCAUUCAGAUGAGCAGCCGCGUCCGCGCGCACAGCCCGGCGGAAGGGGCCAGCGCGGAGUCCAGCAGCCCGGGGCCCAAGAAGUCAGACAUGUGCGAGGGCUGCCGGUCCCUUGCCGCCGGCCACCCCGGCUACAUCAGCCACGACAAGGAGACCUCCAUCAAGUACGUCAGUCACCAGCACCCCAACCACCCCCAGCUCUUCAGCAUCGUCCGCCAGGCCUGCGUGCGGAGCCUGAGCUGUGAGGUCUGCCCCGGGCGCGAAGGCCCCAUCUUCUUCGGGGACGAGCAGCACGGCUUCGUGUUCAGCCACACGUUCUUCAUCAAGGACAGCCUGGCCCGCGGCUUCCAGCGCUGGUACAGCAUCAUCGCCAUCAUGAUGGACCGCAUCUACCUCAUCAACUCCUGGCCCUUCCUGCUGGGCAGGGUGCGAGGGAUCAUCGACGAGCUCCAGGGCAAGGCCCUCAAGGUGUUCGAGGCGGAGCAGUUCGGGUGCCCCCAGCGCGCGCAGAGGAUGAACACGGCCUUCACGCCGUUCCUGCACCAGAGGAACGGCAACGCCGCCCGCUCGCUGACCUCCCUGACCGACGACGACAGCCUCUGGGCCUGCCUGCACACCUCCUUCGCCUGGCUCCUGAAGGCGUGUGGCAGCCGGCUGACCGAGAAGCUCCUGGAAGGCGCGCCCACUGAGGACACCUUGGUCCAGAUGGAGCAGCUCGCAGACCUGGAAGAGGAGUCGGAGAGCUGGGGCAGCCCCGAGGCCACAGAGGAGGGGGAAGGCCCUGCGCUGCCAGAGGCCGCGGGCGGCCGGGAGCUGGCCCAGCGCCCCCCGGACCCGGCCAUGCUCUCCGACCGUGGAGCCUGGCAGCCGCGGAAGCCCCCCGUCUUCAAGUCCCUGCGGCACAUGCGGCAGGUGCUGGGGGCCCCGUCUUUUCGCAUGCUGGCCUGGCACGUGCUCAUGGGGAACCAGGUCAUCUGGAAGAGCAGAGACGCGGACCUCGUCCACUCAGCCUUCGAGGUCCUCCGGACCAUGCUGCCCGUGGGCUGCGUCCGCGUCAUCCCCUACAGUGGCCAGUACGAGGAGGCCUACCGCUGCAACUUCCUGGGGCUCAGCCCGCACGUGCACAUCCCCCCCCACGUGCUGGCCUCAGAGUUCGCCGUCAUCGUGGAGGUCCACGCGGCCCCCCGCUCCAGCCUCCACCCGGCCGCGUGCGAGGACGACCAGUCCCUCAGCAAGUACGAGUUCGUGGUCACCAGUGGAAGCCCAGUGGCCGCGGACCGAGUCGGCCCCACCAUCCUGAAUAAGAUGGAAGCUGCCUUGACCAACCAGAACCUGUCCGUGGACGUGGUGGACCAGUGCCUGGUGUGCCUCAAGGAGGAGUGGAUGAACAAAGUGAAGGUGCUCUUCAAGUUCACCAAGGUCGACAGCCGGCCCAAGGAGGACACGCAGAAGCUGCUGAGCAUCCUCGGGGCGUCCGAGGAGGACAACGUCAAGCUGCUCAAGUUCUGGAUGACCGGCCUGAGCAAGACCUACAAGUCCCACCUCAUGUCCACCGUCCGCAGCCCCACGGCCUCCGAGCCCCGCAGUUAACCCCGUGGGCACCUGCUGGGGAGCGGGGGCGGCUGUCCUGGCCACGGAGCUCGGGUGCGCUCCCGGGCCGUCGCGGGCCGUCCCCCCGCGUCCACACGGCCCAUGUGGAGCUGCUGCCGAUACGGAGUGGGCGCCGCGGUGCCUGCGCUUGGCCCUCUGGGUGGGGGUGGAUGGACCUGGCGCCGUUCUUGGCGCCACCCGACAGACUGUCAGCAUUGUCCGGCCCUGAGGGGGGCGGCGGGAAGCCUGUGCCCCGGAGCCCCCUGCCCUCGGGCACCUCAGGCCUGUGGCAGACACGGAUCUCCCAGCUCACGGGGGGUCCGUCGGGCCGCCUCAGCCUGAGCGCCGUGGCCGCGGUGUCGCGUCCUGGAUCGAGGUCAGCGCUCGGGCCUUUCUGUCCCGGGAUUCAGCACGGGUGUUCCGGGUUCCCAGUGUGUCCGCGCCUCUCGCUGUGGUGGUGGAGGUCAGCCGGGGCCCGAUCCGUAGGCCUUGCUGGCGGUCUGGUCUUGGGUUCGGGCCUGGGAGGGGCCUCGGGGGUGGGGUGAGUGUUUCCCCAGCUUCGGGUCGUCCGGAAGUCACGCUCUGAGGUCGUGGGAGGCCGCCCAGCACGGCAGCUGGAAAACCACCCUGCAGCCUGAGGCCAAGCCCCGGUCUUGUGUGCGGAGGUGGUGGUUUGUGGAAAGGUCGAAGGAGCUUGAGACGGGCCCGGCUCUGCGUGGAGUUGAGAAACGCGCGUGGUUUCCGUCCGUGUCACUCUGCCCUUUGCUGCUUCUUGAGACACUGAGGUUUGGCGGCAGGGAACCCUCCGAGUGUCGGGGGUGGCUUGCGACGAUUUCGUCGUCCCGGUGUACGUUUGGAAGAAGGAGUCACGGUUAGAAGCUUUCCCAGUGGUUUUGCUGAUUGGUUCAUGGUUUCUUGUGUUUAGUCUGUAGUUAACGUGAAGGCCGUGUUUGUAUGAGUGGGCAUCUGUGUCGUGCAGCAGCAUCGAAACAAUAAAGGUAUAUUUUUCUAAA